AUGAAUUUCGAUGACCUCGUGGAAGAAAUGGAUUCCGAAGUUGAAUGCUCACCACCGUUGAGCCCCCAUAGAGAAAUAUCUUGCAACCUCGUUUGCGCUCCUCGAGUAGAACCAUCACAAAUUGUGGUACCGUUACCAUCUUCUGGCGGCCAUGCAGAUAUAAUCCAGAAGCUGGAUGCCAUUGAGACCCGACUCACUGCCAUUAAAAAGUCCCUAACAGACAGAAUGCCAGAAAAGGCCGAGGUGCAGGCACAAAGCAAAUUAUAGCGCGAAUGCCGCGUCAUAGCGGCAAAACGCAUCACCGGUGACUUGGAAGACGAACAUUACGUGGAGCUCGCUUCGAAACUGCCUAUGUCAUCGGAAGAGCAAGUGCGCUUCGUGGAAGACAAACUUUCACAAAAGGAAAGCAUGGAUGCUAUGAUGAGGCUAAUAUUGAAGUCAAAGUGGGCAAAAGGCAGUGUGGACGGCGUAGUGCGUGGUAUGCUUUCUGACGAUCUAAUGUACAACUACAAUUUAGAGGGGCGCAAGGGGAAGGGAUCCCUACUAAAGCUAAAGGUCGUAGGGUUAGCUUUUGAUAUAUUGCCUGACAAGGAAAAAAACACUAUCUGUGGGGAGUUCCGGAGAUUUGUGGCCUUAAUUCACAAUCGUUUUAAGCAAAAACAGCAUAAACUUAAGGCAAAAUUAAUAUAAGUUUUCUUAUUAUUACUUAUAUUUAUUAGUUUUAAGUUGUAAA